UUUCUUGGUGUGCCAGUAGGAGCUGUGGACAUUUUCACUGCAACCUGCAUUGCCGACUUGGCAAGCUUCUCAGAGAAUCUUUUAGUAAAUGCUCAACCUCAACUGUCCACUGAUCCAUCCUAUGUUGCACAACCUGAGACUGAGACUGAUUCUGCUGAGCUUUCGAUGGAACUUCCCGAGUCCAAUCACUCAAUUAUCUGGUUAUUCCAACUUCUAGCUCUUGUUUACGUUGCGUUCAUGCUCUCCCUUCCUGCAUAUUUAUCAGUUUCUACUUUCACAAGUUGUGUCUCAGCCACUCAUGCAUUGGUAGAAGGUGUUCCCUAUCUAGAUUAUUUGGCCGUGCUGACCUUUGCUCCCCUUGCUUGGAUGUUCUGCAUAUUUUCUACCUGUGUUUCAAUUGCAUUCUUGGGGAACUCUUUCUUAAAACCAAACUAUGCCCUGAACCCUGAAGUCUCCGUCUGGUCAACGGAUUUUGUCAAGUGGUGGGCUCUUUACAAGGGUCAUGAAGUUGCCUCCAAAGUUUUGGCAGAGCCUCUGCGAGGCACAGUGUUCCUUAAGUAUUGGUUUGAGAUGCUUGGAGCUAGGAUUGGAUCCUCAGUUUUACUUGAUACAAUUGACAUAACAGACCCCUCUAUAGUUUCAAUUGGAGAUGGAGUUGUGAUUGCAGAAGGUGCUUUGAUUCAAGGCCAUGAAGUGAAGAAUGGAGUGUUGAGCUUCCUCCCAAUAAGAAUUGGUCAAAACUCCUCAGUUGGCCCUUACGCUGUUGUCCAGAAGGGAACUAUAUUGGCAGAAGACAGUGAGCUGAUGGCCUUACAAAAAGGUGGAGGCAUGUCUGUUAUCAAGGCUAAAAAUCAUCAGAAUGGGCUGGCAAAGGUCACAAGCACUGAAACUGAGGCCAUUUACCAGUUCUUAGGCAUCUAUUUGGUUGGGUUCCUCGGCACUCUCUCAGCUUCCAUUGUAUAUAUAGCUUACAUUUGGCUGUCUCAAAAGCCUCCUUCGGUUGAAAAAUAUGCUUUCUUUUGCUUAUUUGGGGCCUUUCACUGGAUACCUUACACCAUCAUAGCUUAUGCUACCAUGUUUGCUAAUGUUCCGUCAGACAUAAUUUACUUCUCCAUCUCAGUAGCUGCUGGUUACUUAGCUUAUGGCCUAGUACUCAGCUUCCUCACAAGUGCUUUGACUCGUCUUAUUUCUAGUAAACAGACAAAAUCAGGCCAUCUCAGAACUUGGUUUUGCCACCGAAUCACCAUUGCUUGCCACCUUAGAUUUGCUAAGCUUCUGUCAGGAACAGAAGCCUUCUGCAUCUACUUACGCCUUCUGGGUGCAAAGGUUGGAAAACAUUGUUCUAUCAGGGCUAUCAAUCCAGUUUCAGACCCGAAAUUGUUAUCACUUGGUUCUGGUGUCCAUCUUGGUGAUUUCAGUCGGAUUAUUGCCGGGUUUUAUUCCUCCAAUGGGUUUGUUAGCGGGAAAAUUGAGGUGCAAGAUAAUGCAGUAAUUGGGAGCGAAAGCGUAGUCCUUCCUGGCUCAGUUAUUCAGAAGGAUGUUAUUCUUGGUGCACUUUCAGUUGCACCAGUAAAUUCAAUGCUUCAGGCUGGUGGUGUUUACAUUGGUUCUCAAACUCCAAUCAUGAUCAAGAACACCAUGCAUUCUUUGGAUGACCGAAUAGAAGAGAUGGACAUGAAAUAUAAGAAAAUAGUUGGUAACCUUUCUGCAAAUUUGGCUGCCACAACUCUGAAGGUCAAAUCAAGAUACUUCCAUAGAAUUGGUGUUAGUGGGAAGGGAUACUUGAAGAUUUAUGACAACAUCAAAGGCUUGCCACACCAUAACAUUUUCUCUCCUGGCAAGAGCUAUCCUGUUAUAGUUCGGCACAGCAACAGCUUGAGUGCUGAUGAUGAUGCAAGGAUUGAUGCACGCGGUGCAGCCAUCCGAAUACUUCAAGGUGAGACUAGUGACUCCUCACUCCUUGACCUGACACUGAAGACAGGAAAGGCAUUCUAUGCCCGCACAAUUGCAGACUUUGCAACAUGGUUAGUGUGUGGACUUCCUGCAAGGGAAGAGUAUGUCAAGCGAGCCCCACAUGUACGUGAUGCAGUGUGGACUUCCCUUCGCCAUGCAAACUCAUUCACUGAGCUACAUUACUACUCAAACAUCUGCAGGCUGUUCCGGUUCACAGAUGGACAGGAAAUGUAUGUCAAGUUCAAGUUGAGGCCUUCCAAUGAGAACAUUAGUGAAGAAUCUGGUAAGGUAGAACCUAUUGGCAUUCUUCCACCUGAUACAGGUGCAAUUCCUAGAGAUGAGAAUGAUACUCGCCCUCUACUUUUCCUUGCCAAAGAUUUCCAAAGCCGGGUCAAUGAAAAUGGAGUUUGUUAUAUAUUCCAGUUACAGGUCAGGCCUGUUCCACAGGAUGAAGCUACCCGAGACAUUGCACUUGACUGCACCAAACCCUGGAAUGAGGCUGAGUUCCCAUACAUUGACGUUGGAGAGAUUAAUAUCAACCACAAUAUUUCUGCAGAAGAAUCGGAACAGCUGAAUUUCAAUCCUUUUAUUAAAUGCCAAGAAAUAGAUGUCAUCAGGGCUUCAUCAUGCUCCCAGAGUGCUUCGAUUGACCAUGGUCGUUCACUGAUCUAUGAGAUUUGCCAGCACUUACGCAAUGGUGAACCCCUGCCAGAGGCUUGGAAAAUCUUUGUAGAGCAGUCUGAUGUCAAAGUAGACCUUUCUGGUUGUCCAAUGGCAGCAGCAUUGCAGAAAAAUGAUUCACAUACCGUGACACUGGAAAGAACUGUCUUUCAGACUCUAUGGAUUACAAUUGAAGAAAGUGGAUUUGUAGGGAGUAGAGCAAUAGCAAUGCCAGGAGUGAUAGUGGAGAGUGGAGGCAGUCUUAGUGCUCUCUCUCUUGCCAUGAAAGAAGAAAUUAUCAAGUCAAGGUAGCUAGAGAAUAGAGAGGAUCAUGCUGAUAUAUUGAUAAUAAAUAAAAGGUUGCAAUCCUUUGUGGCCUAGCUACAUGCCUACAUGUUGUAAUACAAG